AUGGCUAGCACUCGGGAUUCCCAUUCAUUCGCUUGCGAUGAAUGUCGCCUUCGGAAGUCGAGAUGCUCAAAAGAGCGUCCGACUUGCAUACAAUGCCGGCAGCUGAACAAGGAAUGCAAGUACAGUCCGAAAGUGUCUAGGAGUCCUCUCACGCGGCAACACUUGACCUAUGUCGAAGAUCGCUUGUCAUCAUUUGAAACUGCCUUAAGCAGGCUGUUCCCCGGGGGAGAUCUGGAUGCGACCCUUCGUUCUUUACUAUCGAACCAAGCAGCUCCACCACAAGCUCCCUCAUCACAGACUUCUUCCAGACAUUCGACUCCAGCCAGACCUGAAGCAGAGCGAACAGAACCCGCCCCAGAGGCUCUACCGCAGCAGGCUGACGGGUUUGACUGGGCCGAAAAGGAAUUGACAUUUGGCGACCUGACAGACGGAAUGGCGGCAUUAUCGAUCAAGCCCGAAGGGGCUGGCUAUUUUGGAUCCUCGUCCAGUGUCGUGCCGCUCAGAGCACUAUUUGACCACGGGUUCGACUUGAACAUUCCGGUCCGCUCUGCAAGCUCGGGCGGCGUGCCUCUCAAAGAACAGCUUCUGAACAGCGCACCAUCUGGACUUAUUGAGCAGGCAUUUAUCGACGCAUAUUUCUUCAACUAUCACUCUAGCUACCCCUUCGUUCACGAACCAACCUUCCGAGCGCAAUUUAAUGAUCCUUCUUUGCGUCCCCACGGCACAGCCUGGCAGAUCCUGCUCAACACUAUUCUAGCGCUUGGCGCUUGGAGUAUUGGGGAUGACAGUUCAGAUCUUGAUAUUACAUUCUAUCAAGAAGCUAGAACAUUUCUGCAGCAGGCAUCUGUAUUUGAGACCGGUAACUUGACACUGGUUCAGGCGUUGCUGUUGUUGAGCAACUAUGCUCAAAAACGUAACAAGCCCAACACUGGCUGGAAUUAUCUAGGGCUAGCUGUUCGGAUGGCCAUGAGUCUGGGUCUUCAUAAGGAGUUCCACGACUGGAAGAUCAGUCUCCUCCAGCGGGAAAUUCGACGUCGGCUAUGGUGGGGUGUCUUUAUCUUCGACAGUGGCGCCGCCAAAACCUUUGGCAGACCAAUUCUUCUGCCAGAUGAGAAUGUUAUGGACGCUAAGCAGGUUCUUAACAUUCAAGACGACGCUUUGACUCCAGCGACAACUUCGCUUCCUUCUGAGUCACUCGGCCCAACACUCUACUCUGGCUUGAUAGCACAGGCCCAAUUCCACCUCAUGACCAACAGCGUUUACCAGCGUCUCAUCUCCACCCCUAGCAUCACACCAGAAGAAACCCUCGACCUCCAGAAACCCAUGGAAGAAUGGUACAAUGAGCUACCUUCAUAUUUCCAUUAUCCUUUAAAACCUCUUGCCGUGCAUCCCACGCAGCCAGAUCCCGAUAAUCUCGCACUCGUUCGCAACCGCAUGCUCUGGCGGAAUUGGAACUUGAUCAUUCUAAUAUACCGCCCAAUUCUACUCCGCUGGGCAGCUCGGCGCUGGGCACCCCACGGUGGCAGCUCAGAGGGGUCGUCUAUCUCCUCCGAUGGAGGAGUUGAAGAUCCCUGUGAGACAGAGUGCCGAAUGCGCUGUUUGCAGAACGCGCGGCUGACGAUUGCUUCCAUCUCCGAGUACAUGGACAGUCAUGUCUGUACGAGAUUAGGAGCGUGGUAUAUGCUAUACUUCCUCUUCCAAGCCGGUCUGAUCCCCAUCGUCUUCCUUAUGACCGAUUCCUCAAACCCCGACGCCUCAAGCUGGCUACAGGACGUUGAAACCACAAAAGCACUCCUGAACCACCCAUCAUUCGGCACCAAUCGAUUCGCCGCUCGAUGUUCCGAGGUCAUCAACCGAUUACUAGGCUCGCCGUCUGGAAUGAUGGCCGAGUUUGGAUUCGAGAGCCAGCGUCCAAAUCCACAGCAGCAGGUUCCUCAGCAGCAACAGCAGGCCUUUAUGCCAUUCCCCGAGCAGCUUUUCAACGACCCUGGCUUUGGAGGCAGCUUGUUCCCGAUGGAGCAGCAGAUGCCCACUCCAGGGGGCAUGGACUUUUCAGAGUGGGUGAACUUCCCAAAUCAAUAG